AUUUUAUCCCCCAUUCUCCUCUUGCGUUGCCUGAUCCACUCCGCCCAGCAUCGGACCAGCGACCACCGCCGCCGUCGCCCGAUAUGAAGGCCGCCGCCGUCGUCUCUGGCCUGCGUCCCGCCCCGGGGCCGAUCCCUCGACGGACCAUCUCCACCGCCGCCGCCCUCUGCCCCAGCUCUUCCGUCAACCGCUCGGUCGCGGCUGCCCGCGCACCUCGCCUCAUCCAAUCCCGCCGCGCGCCCCACGCCGCCGCGGCUCUCGGGGUGUCUGAUGAUACAGGGGUCAAGAUGGCUGCCACCGACAUUGUUGGCCAGAAUGAUUUGCUGAUUGUUGGCCCUGGAGUGCUUGGUCGACUGGUAGCUGAGAAGUGGCAGGAGGAACAUCCAGGAUGUAAAGUUUUUGGCCAGACUGCAACCACAGACCAUCACAGUGAAUUGUCAAAUAUUGGCAUCAUUCCCGCCUUGAAGGGAUCCACCUUUCCUCAGAAGGUUCCAUAUGUUAUUUUCUGUGCUCCCCCGUCUCGCUCGGAUGAUUAUCCUGGGGAUCUGAGAGUAGCUGCCUCAAACUGGAGCGGUGAAGGUUCUUUCGUUUUUACAUCAAGUACUGCUCUGUAUGAUUGUAGUGACAAUGGAUUGUGCAAUGAGGAUUGUCCAUCUGUUCCAAUUGGCAAAAGCCCUCGCACCGAUGUCCUUCUCAAAGCAGAGAAUGUUGUUCUUGAGGCAGGAGGCUGUGUUCUCAGGCUAGCAGGACUCUAUAAAAUAGACAGAGGUGCUCAUUUUUUCUGGUUGAGGAAAGGAACUUUGGACACACGACCAGACCAUAUUAUCAAUCAGAUUCAUUAUGAGGAUGCUGCUUCCCUGGCAAUUGCCAUAAUGAAAAAAGGACACAGGGGCCGUAUCUUUUUGGGCUGUGACGACAAGCCUCUUUCCAGGCAAGAAAUAAUGGACUCUGUUAGUAGAAGUGGAAAAUUUGACACACAGUUUCAAGGUUUUACUGGUACGGAUGGCCCACUAGGUAAGAGAAUGGGGAACUCGAAAACUCGGUCCGAGAUUGGUUGGGAGCCCAAGUAUCCAAGCUUCAUAGAAUUCCUUGGUCUCGACAGUUGACAUUCUUGCAAAAAUCUUCAUUCUAAAUGAGCAGUAACACCUUGUGA